CUUGAUACCAUUACGCAUAAAUGAUAAUGGAUUCUCAACGCAACUUUCAGACACUCAAGGGCAAGGUUGCCAUCAUCACAGGCGCAUCUCGUGGUCUCGGUGCAGGCUUCGCGUUUGAACUUGCAAGAAGGGGCGCAAAGAUCGUUGCGACAUAUACUUCUCCAAGCAGCGAAAAGCUCGUCAGCGAACUAUCAGAAAAGAUCGCAUCUCUCGAUCCAUCAUCACAAUGCAUAGGUGUCAAAGCAGAUCUCAAGGAAGAAUCUGCCCCUGCUGAGAUAGUCCACCAAGCCGUCGCCAUCUUUGGUACCCAAAUCGACAUUCUCAUUAACAACGCCGGCAUGGAAAUUGUCAAACCACACACAGAUCUUACAAUAUCUGAUUUUGACUCCAUUUUCUAUCUAAACGUCCGCGCACCUCUCUUGCUCCUGCAAGCUGUGAAACCUUUCCUCCCCUCUUCAGGCGGCGGGCGCAUAAUCAACAUCUCGUCUGUAGGUGCACGAUGCGGUUUCAAGAAUUUGUCUCUUUAUUGUGCUUCGAAAGCUGCACUUGAAGGACUUACACGAUCAUGGGCUGCUGAGCUUGGUGUGGAGGGACACACAGUCAACGCGGUAAAUCCAGGGCCUGUGCAGAGUGAUCUAUUGGAUAACAUCCCAAAAGAGAUUGUGGACAUGCAGAAGAAGCAGACUCCGGCAGGCAAUAGACUGGGAGAGGUGGAUGAUAUUGCUCAAAUUGUUGCUUGGUUGGCUUCAGAAGAGAGUCGUUGGAUUACCGGGCAGGCUUUAUCUGCUAGUGGUGGACUGGAGAUGUACUGAUCUAGCAAAGACAAGUUCAGUUCACACAUUGGAAACAAUCCGCGGUUCUGUAGCUACUACCAGGGUCUCAAAGCAACCCAUGUAUCCGU